CCCGGGCCUCCACGAUCGCCCCAUUCUGUUCUCGGCAUCACAGCGUGCAGCAUUGAACCUAACAACGUACGGCGACGAAGAGCGCGACGACGACCACCUGCCUGUGUGUUCUCGCGAGUCGACCUGUCCUGUUUCUCUCUCUCUCUCCCUUUCUCUCUCUCUCUCUUUUUCUCUCUUUUUCUCUCUCUCCCUCUCUCUUUUUUCUCUAUCUCUCUCUGUCUCUCUUUCUCUGUCUGUCCCGGAGUGUUCUUCGUCCGUCUCGUUGGCAUCCUCCCCGCGUCGUGCGGUACCAGCGGAGGAUAAACGACGACGAAUCGUCCGACACGACGUGACCGGUUCCACACAUUUGGAGAGAUCAGACGAGGGAGCGCGCGCCGAGCCGAGCCGAGCCGAGCCGAGCCGAGAGAGAGAGAGAGAGAGACAGAGAGGAAUAUAGCCGGCGCCGCGGAGGGAGAGAAGACGCGCGAACCGCUGAUACCGUCGUCACGUUCGUCGUGCGUUAUCCGUCGUCCGUCGUCGUCGUCGUCGACGACGUCAUCGAGCGCCCGAUCGACCGAUCGUUUCCCCCUCCCCCCAGUGUCUUGCCCACACGUCGCGGAAAGUGUACGUCCGGUGAGCAACGGCGCGAGCAACGACCGUGUCACGUCUGCAGAUCGUAGUACCUGUAACCCCCGGGAGAGACUGUGAGAGAGACGUAUAUUGUGUGCGAGGCGUCGAGGGCAACCUGCUCGAGACAGACUGACCAGGAUCAGUGGUUUGUCGGUCCGAUCGACAGCGCAGAGGAGUAUCGUGGAAAGCGCGCUCGGUAGGGUACAAGCGCGAGCCCCCCCGAGCUUCGCGCAGUGAACUCUCUCUCGCCGCGACGAGACCGACGGAAGUGUGAAAAUUCUCGGCCGUGUCGCACGAUCGACCAGCGCACGCACGGACGGACGGACAGACGUGCACACGAGCACGACGACCACGAGCACGACCUCGACAACAGGUACACGCGCGUGUGUCCUCGACGGAGGCGCCAAAGUCUCGGCGCUCCGGACCGGUCGAUCGGAUCGAUCGAUCGAGUCCCAGUCGAAUCUCCGGGCCUGCUCCUCUGCCGCGGAGGAAGAGCGACGCGCCGAUCGCACGGCACUCGGUACUCCACGGUGGUACUGAGUGACCUGCAGCUUCUCUCUCUCAUCCAGUGGUCAUCGCAAGGUAUACACGACGGCGGUCACCACGUACAUCACGCCGCUCAUCACCCCCGAGAAGAUGGUGACGAGAACAAAGAAGAUAUUCGUCGGGGGAUUAUCGGCGCCGACGACGCUGGAGGACGUCAAAAAUUACUUCGAGCAAUUCGGCCCGAUCGAGGAUGCCAUGCUGAUGUUCGACAAGCAAACCAACAGGCAUAGAGGCUUUGGAUUUGUCACGUUUCAAAGCGAGGAUGUCGUCGACAAAGUCUGCGAGAUCCAUUUCCACGAAAUCAACAACAAAAUGGUCGAGUGCAAGAAGGCACAGCCGAAGGAAGUGAUGCUCCCAGCGAAUCUGGCGAAGACGCGAGCGGCCAGCAGAGGCGCAUACGAUUUUAUGUGGUCCCUGGGAGCAUUACCUGAUGGUUUCCCAGCGGCGGCGUACGCGGCAUACGCGGCGGGCCGCGGCUAUUCUGGGUACCCUAGUUUCGGAUUACCCUACCCGACAGGAGUGCCAGCGGUGUACUACCACGGAACAGGAAGUGAGAAUGCAGGCCACGCGUAUACGGAGGCGCCGAUGCAACACGUCCAACGCAAUGCACUCCGGAAGAAAUUGGAUCUAACCAAUGGACAGCUCACCCCAAACAACAACACGCCCUUACUUACGCAAGCACUUUCUGUGAUGAACAACUACCAGGCGGCCGCAGCACAGGCCGGAUUCCCGCCGGCGUCGCCGCACGCGGCCGGCGGCCACGGUGGGCCGCAGGGCCGAUCUUUCCCGGCGGCCAAUUCGCCGGGCCCGAUUGACAUGUACAGCUCGGGCGCCGCAGCCGCAGCAGCAGUCGCAGCCGCGGAUUCCGUCGCAAGCUACGUCCAGGCCGCAGCUAGCCCGCAGCCCCCCACGACCGCGUUCCCCGCAAUCGCCGUAUCCCGUGCCCCGCUCAACUACAGUCCCGGGCCUCUUAUACCGGCGGCGUUCACUAAUGGCUACCAUUGAGCCUUGUUAAGACCUAAUAACAGGAUGGACGAGACGGCAGAACGCAGCACGGUCGCCUGAUGACAUUAUAAGCAACGGGAGUUUUGAGGCAGCUAAAUACAGUGGAUAAUCUCUGGACGAAAAAGAAAACAUACAUAUAUACACGACUACUGCAAAUGACGAUCGAAAGUUGCGAUGCAUUAAAAAAAUAAAAAAGAAAAAAAAAUAGAUAAUAUAUCGAGUAGAAGGCAACAAUCGAGUAAGAUCCAAUCGAUGCAACUUCAAAGUCCAGGUUGUAGAUAACUGGACGUAAUAUUACGCGAAUAUCGACAACGCAUUAAGGCGGAGAAUUUAGAGACCGUUAGUCGGAUCUACGGAGGAUGGAUGCAGCUUAUAAGAUAAAUAGAGAUGAAAAGUACGAAGACUGCUAAAGAAAGGAGGAAAGGUGAGACGCAACAGGGAGAAGACUACGCACGUCCAACGCACGUCCAGAGAAGAUCAGAGAGAAAUAACGAAAGUGAGAGG